CAAUUUUUAUUAAAAAAAAAUAAUUGCAGAAAUAUAUAAAACUGUUUAAUAUUUGUUUUAAACAAUAAAUUCCAUAAAGUUUUAACAAAAAUGGGUUCAGACGACCGUGAUAGACGCCGCCACAGAUCUAGAUCACGUUCUCGUGAUAGGCGUCGUUCCCGUUCACGUGAUCGUGAGCGUCGUGGACGUGAUGUACCCGGUGUAGAUUUUAGAGGUUCCGGGGCACGCAUUAAGGGUACUAGACGACGCAAGCCUUCUCUGUACUGGGAUGUACCGCCACCAGGUUUUGAACACAUCACUCCCUUGCAAUACAAAGCAAUGCAAGCUUCUGGUCAAAUACCAGCAAAUACUGUACCCGACAUACCACAGGCUGCUGUGCCUGUGGUGGGCUCUACCAUCACCCGCCAGGCCAGACGUUUGUAUGUGGGCAAUAUACCCUUUGGUGUGACUGAAGAUGAAAUGAUGGAGUUCUUUAACCAGCAAAUGCAUUUGACUGGUCUAGCACAAGCGGCCGGCAAUCCCGUGUUGGCCUGUCAAAUUAAUUUGGAUAAAAAUUUCGCUUUUCUGGAGUUUCGUUCUACCGAUGAAACCACACAGGCCAUGGCUUUUGAUGGUAUCAAUUUUAAGGGUCAAAGUUUAAAAAUUCGCCGGCCUCAUGAUUACCAACCCAUGCCGGGUGUGGUGGAUAGUUCACCUAUACCACAACCAGUUACUAAUGGUGUCAUUUCUACUGUGGUACCAGAUUCACCUCAUAAAAUCUUUAUAGGUGGUCUACCGAAUUAUCUUAACGAAGAACAGGUUAAGGAAUUGCUUUUGUCUUUUGGCGCUUUGAGGGCCUUUAAUUUGGUUAAAGAUACCGGCACUGGCUUGAGUAAAGGUUAUGCUUUCACUGAAUAUGUAGAUCAUAGCAUAACAGAUCAGGCUAUUGCCGGUUUAAAUGGUAUGCAAUUGGGCGAUAAGAAACUUAUUGUCCAGCGAGCCAGUGUGGGAGCUAAAAAUGCUCAAAAUAAUCCCGCUGCAGCUGCUCCCGUUACCAUACAAGUACCCGGUCUACCAAUGUUGGGUAUCUCCGGACCACCCACUGAAGUUUUGUGUCUGCUCAAUAUGGUUACACCCGAUGAAUUGCGUGAUGAAGACGAAUACGAAGAUAUUUUGGAAGAUAUUAAGGAAGAGUGUAAUAAAUACGGUGUAGUACGUAGUGUUGAGAUACCUCGACCGAUUGAAGGUGUUGAUGUGCCCGGUUGUGGUAAGGUCUUUGUGGAAUUUAACUCGGUUAUAGAUUGCCAGAAGGCCCAGCAGGCGUUGACGGGUCGUAAAUUUAGUGAUCGUGUUGUUGUCACUUCAUACUUUGAUCCCGAUAAGUAUCAUCGUCGUGAAUUUUAAUUUAAUAAUCUUCUCUCCUCUCUUCUAGUUUCAAAUAUAUACCUACAUAAAUAAUAAUUUUAUAACAAAUUACAAAAACAAUAAUUCAAAAUACAUAAUAUUGAGUGAACAUUUCUCUAUAUGUAUGACGUAUGAUGUGUAUAUUCAUACGUACGUGUAUGUUGCAAAUGUUCGUAUUUUUAGCUAUAAACAAAAGAAACAUUACAAUACAUAUUUUUUUUUCUUACUACAUUA